AUCGCGAAGCUUGGCCCAGCAGUGGAUCUGCUUGCGGAGUACGGUGUUCUCAGCGCUACCCCGCCUCCCAUGCUAUUCCACGUGAUGUCUGGAGCGCAGCUGUACCUUCUCUCGCUCGCCAUCAACAAACGACAUAUCCCCAGCAUUCCGCCCUCACACAAAGUACCCUUCGCGCUCGUCUUCGACUCCGGUCCCGGCAAGCUAUGUCCGUGCCGACCUCCGCAGAGCGGUCACGGCAUCCGUUCCUGCUGGUCUACGGCGACUGGUGUUUCUGGGAGUGGCAGAGCUGGCCGUUACCCAUCUGCAAGCUCGUGCAGCCAUCUGCUUAGGGAAGAUGCCCCAGGAUACGAUCGUGCCGGCUCUUGUGAAUCCGAGCCUGUUUCCAUGGAUGGACAGGGCAACUCCGCGGCUGUAUAUCUUCUCCGACGCCGACCGCGUGAUCCCUGCGUCGCGCGUCCGGGCGCAUCUUCGUGCAGCAAGAGAGAACGGCCUGAACGUGACGACGGAGGAGUUCAGCGGCACUGCGCAUGUCCGGCACGCAUUUGCCGACCCUGAGAGAUAUUGGCGCUCUGUAGACAACAUAUGGCGCGAGGCGAAUGCUAUCAAAGGCCAGAGUAGGCUCUAGGUACUACGGCGUCCCAGAAUGCAUGGAUUAUACCCGAGG